AUGCGUUCUUUCUUCUUAUCACUCUCUCUUCUCUUAGCACCUUUAACCACCGCAUUGGUCAUUGGUCAAGAUGAUUCAUCAACUUUAACAGAACGUAAUACUAAGAAUCUAUGGCAAUCGUAUUCCGGUCCACCUGCAUGUACGGAUACAAACAAAAGGAGUCAUUGUACUUCUAUUGGAAAAGAUUGUAAUCAGUUUUGUAUUUGUAUUCCUUGGCAAGGAUGUGGUGCCGCCGCGGAAUUCUUUUGUUUGUUGGAAGGAGGUCACCUUGACGACAAAUGUACAUGUCAUAAACCCACUCAUCGUUGGCAUCCAAGAGACCUUCAUUGUCCAUCCCCUCUCACCGCUUGUUCUCUAGACGCCACCCCUUCCGCUCAUUCAUCAUACGAAUGUAUCGAUACCACCUCUACACUAGAUUCAUGUGGUGGUUGCGUUUUCCAAGGACAAGGACAAGAUUGUACUUCUAUCGAAGGUGCCGAUGAAGUAUCUUGCAUAAAGGGAUCUUGUCAAGUAUCGAGUUGUUUGAGAGGUUGGGAGGUUAAUGGUAAUGGAACUUCUUGUGAGAGAUCCGAUUUAGGGUCGGUGGUUGGUAAUGGGUUGAGAGCGUCUUGGAGGGUUGCGGAUAGGUUGAGAGUACAAUUGUGA